AUGCCGGCAGCAGAUUUUCGUCCCCCGACUGUAAUUUGCUACAUCUGUGGACGAGAGUUCGGUACCAAAUCUAUUGAUAUUCAUGAGCCGCAAUGUCUAAAGAAAUGGAAUGCUGAGAACAAAAAUCUUCCCAAGCAGAAUAGAAGACCAGUGCCGCAGAAACCACAGAUUUUACCUGGCAUCGACAAGGCUAAUGCUAAUAAUGACAGAGAACGCUUCAAUCAAGCCGCUUAUCAGAGCUCCCAACUUCAACUUGUCCCCUGCAAACACUGUGGGAGAACAUUUUUUUCAGACAGAUUGCCAAAACAUGAGAACUAUUGUAAGCCGGCAUCGGAGAGACCCAAAACUGCUACUCUAUCACAACCAAGUAGUGUUACGGUUGCAAAGAAAUCGUCUGUCACUAUUGACAGUAAUGCAAGUCAAAAUUCCACCCAAUCACCUAAACAACAGGUUUCCAUGGGACAUGUGCAAGGUCCUUUAAAAAAAUCUACUCCAAAGAUUCAUGCCAGGGUACCAGGUCAAAAACCUCCAAGUAUUUUGUGUUAUAUUUGUGGCCGGGAAUUUGGUACGAAGUCCAUAGCUAUACAUGAGCCGCAGUGUUUGGAGAAAUGGAAGGUUCAACAAAAACAAUUACCAAAAGCGAUGCGUCGCCCACUUCCUCAGAAGCCACAAGUAGUGGGUGGAACAGGAAGUUUUGAAUAUAAUGAAGCAGCGGAUCAGGCUUAUUUGCAACAGCUUUCUCCGUGCCCAAAUUGUGCUCGUACAUUUCUACCCGACCGAUUACAGGUACAUAUGCGUAGUUGUCGCCCCAAAGGUGGUGCAGCUGCCCCUCGCCCGCAGGAAAACGGUACAGCUGAGCGUCCCAAGACAGUCACCUUGAAAUCAGCUGGAACCGGUAAGCCGCCGACUGUCAUUUGUUACAUAUGCAGCAGGGAAUUUGGCAGCAAAUCGAUCGCAAUCCAUGAGCCACAGUGCUUAGAAAAAUGGAAAGCUGAAAAUAACCAACUUCCAAAAGAACAGCGCAGACCGUUGCCAAAGAAGCCAGAAAUGUUUGCUGGGGGAAAGGCAAGUGUGCAAGAUAUGAAUGAAGCUGCAUGGAAGGCGUCUCAGGGUAAUCUCUCACCAUGUCCUAAUUGUGGUCGCACUUUUCAACCAAGUAGAUUGCCAGUACAUAGACGGAUAUGUAAACCGAAAAACGGUAGAGGGAUGGCCAAGACUGAACAGCAAGCCCAACAGUCGACUCCAGUGGCGAGAGCUUCAGUGCCAGUUCGACCAAGAACAGUCGUCUGUUAUAUCUGUGGACGGGAAUUUGGAACCAAAUCCAUCUCUAUACACGAGCCACAAUGUAUGAAAAAGUGGCACUUAGAAAAUAAUAAUCUACCAAGAGAAUUUAGACGACCAGUACCUAAGAAGCCAGAAGUCAGAUUGAUAAAAGGAGCUGGUGGAUCUUACAAUAUUGAAGAAAUGAACGAAGCAUCCUGGGCGGCAGCACAGGCUAACUUGUCACCAUGUCCAAACUGUGCUCGUACAUUCCUACCAGAUAGACUACAAGUUCAUUUAAGGUCGUGUAAACCAAAGAAUUAGAAUAGUUUGUAUAUGUCACAGCACAUUCAUUUAUGUAAUUCCCCG